GGGGGCCCGCGGCGGCGGUUGGCGGGAAGGAAAAGGAAAGCAGACCCGCAGAGCCUCUGCCUGCGGAGGUUCUCUCUCCGCGCACCGCGGCCGCCGAGUCCGGCUGACCCAAGGUUAAGGGGAAACUAGGGGGCGGGACAGAGGCACCGGAGGUCACUCUGCGUUCCUCCCCAGCAUUCCGCCCAGCAGAGCUGGGAGCCUCCAGCCCCAAGCCCCUCCUCUGAGACUCCCCGGAGGUCCAAGCACUAGAAGGGGUUGGGUUGUCCGAGCCUCCGCUCACACGGUUGAGGGUCUAGGGUUCGGUGGGGAGAGGAGGCGUGGGGUUCGUCUGUAUUAAGUAUCCAACGGUGGUGAGCUCGGAAAUGACAGCCCACAGCACCUGAGGCUUGGAAACCCCAGGGCAGAAGGGACGCCUAGUCUCAGGACCUCGGGCUUCGGACUCCGUAUGUCACAGCUCAGUUGCGGGGCCCGCAGUGCGGCUUCCUCCAACCGCCCCCUUUCUAAGCUUCACUGUGGAGCGGCAGGUGCUGCAGUUUCCCCCCGCCCCAACCUCCGGUCUCAGCAGCACUCCCGGGCCAGGGUGAGGGGAGGUGUGGUGGAGCAGCGAGACUCCAGUGGCAGACGCUCCCACCCAAGCACCCCGAGAUAUCGGAAGAGGGGCUACAGGGGGCGGGAAGGAGGGAGAGGAGGACCGCAGGGCUCAGCCGCCGAGCUGUGCGCGGCAGGAAGGGCGGGGGGCUCCCUUCCAGCCCCAGGGUCUGGGGACUCAGGGAUGUAAGGCGAGAGCAGGGGGGUGUGACAAUUCAGCAGAGGUCGGGACGUACCACGGAACCCAGUGACGGGGGGGCAGAGGACGUGGUCACCGAGGGGAGCCCCCGCCCCCCUUCGCAAAGGCCUACAACUGGGGUUGCAGAGAGAGCUGGAACUGGGCUGGUGGUAGGGGGAAGAGGCGCUUUAAAUCCCCCCACCCCAUUUCCGAGGGGGUGGGCGUUGGAGAGGAGGUUGGGGUUGGAGCAGCAGCUAGGGGGCCCCUCCCUUGCACCUCCCCCCACCGGACUUGGUCGCGCCCGAAGUGUAACACUUUCUCUUUGUCGGAGGAGCUCCGCUGUUUCCUGUGCUGUAGCUCGGGUUGCGGCGGCGCCCGUGGCAGCCCUGGCGGACGCAGGAGCGAUGGCAGCGACCGAUAUAGCUCGCCAGGUGGGUGAAGGUUGCCGAACCGUCCCCCUGGCUGGACAUGUGGGGUUUGACAGCUUGCCUGACCAGCUGGUGAAUAAGUCAGUCAGCCAGGGCUUCUGCUUCAACAUCCUGUGCGUGGGGGAGACAGGUUUGGGCAAGUCCACCCUCAUGGACACCCUGUUCAACACCAAGUUCGAGGGGGAGCCAGCCACCCACACACAGCCGGGUGUCCAGCUCCGGUCCAAUACUUACGACCUUCAAGAGAGCAACGUGGGGCUAAAGCUCACAAUCGUUAGCACAGUGGGCUUCGGGGACCAGAUCAACAAGGAGGACAGCUACAAGCCCAUUGUGGAAUUCAUCGAUGCCCAAUUCGAGGCCUACCUACAGGAGGAGCUGAAGAUCCGCAGGGUACUGCACACCUACCAUGACUCCCGCAUCCACGCCUGCUUGUACUUCAUCGCCCCCACGGGUCAUUCCUUGAAGUCUCUGGACCUAGUGACCAUGAAGAAGCUGGACAGUAAGGUGAACAUCAUCCCCAUCAUUGCCAAAUCAGAUGCCAUUUCUAAGAGUGAGCUAACGAAGUUCAAAAUCAAAAUCACUAGCGAACUGGUCAGCAACGGAGUCCAGAUCUACCAGUUUCCUACAGAUGAUGAGUCGGUGGCAGAGAUCAACGGAACCAUGAACGCCCACCUGCCGUUUGCUGUCAUUGGCAGCACAGAAGAACUGAAGAUAGGCAACAAGAUGAUGAAGGCACGGCAGUAUCCCUGGGGCACGGUGCAAGUUGAAAACGAAGCGCACUGCGACUUUGUGAAGCUGCGAGAGAUGCUGAUCCGGGUCAACAUGGAGGAUCUCCGGGAGCAGACCCACAGCCGCCACUAUGAGCUGUACCGCCGCUGUAAGCUGGAGGAGAUGGGCUUCAAGGACACCGACCCCGAUAGCAAGCCCUUCAGUUUACAGGAGACAUAUGAGGCCAAAAGGAAUGAGUUCCUAGGGGAGCUGCAGAAAAAAGAAGAAGAGAUGAGACAGAUGUUUGUCCAGAGAGUCAAAGAAAAAGAAGCUGAACUUAAAGAGGCAGAGAAAGAGCUGCAUGAGAAGUUCGACCGUCUGAAGAAACUUCACCAGGAUGAGAAGAAGAAGCUGGAGGAUAAGAAGAAAUCCCUGGAUGAUGAAGUUAACGCUUUCAAACAGAGAAAGACAGCAGCUGAGCUGCUCCAGUCCCAGGGCUCCCAGGCUGGAGGCUCACAGACUCUGAAAAGAGACAAAGAGAAGAAAAAUAAUCCAUGGCUGUGUACUGAAUAGUAUUCCCUGCUACAGCUGGACUGGACUCCAUUUAACCUUUUAAGCCAAGGUUCCCAUUGUAACUGACAGCUUUCCUUUGAGGUGCCAGGUAGCUGGGCCCCCUGCUUCUGCCAUGUACCUCCACUUCAAGCCCCACCUCUUCUUUUGAGUUCUGCCUCAGUCCCACCGGCACCUGACCAUGACAACCUUUUUUAUUUUCAUUUUUUGGAGGGUUUUUUUUUGUCACUUUCUUUCAAAACACAGUCAAGUAAGGCUAUGCUACAUUUUCAGGUCUUUUUGAAGUGUUGAGACUGGGGAGAGAGUGUUCUUUCUUCAAUUACAGAUAAGAACAGGGAUUGAAAAGUAGAAAAAAUGAAAAGCAGAGGAAUACACACACUUUCUCUUGUUGGCAAAGCAGGAGUACAGUUUGGAUACGGAUUGUUUGGUGAGUCACUGAUUGGUGGGUGGCCAGAAGCAAUAGGAAAGUGAUGCUGCCAACGCCCACGCUAGUUUCUUGAGAAAAUCCAAGUCGCACAGUGGAGUAUUUUCAGAGACCCUAUGCUUGGUGAUUUAAGAAACAAAGAAGUUUGUAUGCUUAGCCGGUACCUCUGGGAGAUGCUAAGUUAGGGCUGUCAGGUCUCCUAGGGAAAGGCUUCUUAUUUACAGCUUUGAUGUUUCUGUGACCAGUUUCACAGCUGCUUCCCAAGAAUCCCAAACUUAAACAACCAACCUGGUCUCCGUCCUCGGGUUAAUUAUUUGCAUUACAAAUAGGAGGCCCCUCUCAUUUGCAUUUGUUUACAGAUUAACUACUGGAGGCUUGAGGAGCUCUGAAAACUUCAAAAGGUAUUAGAGCCACCAGCCUUUGAGAGACCUUCAGAGACUAGGCAAGAAUUUUGUAUGAAGGGAGAUAUUCUGGUCCGGAAGACAGAUAUGACCCACUAUUUUUUUAAAGAGGAAAUUGAGGGCCAGAGAAAUGAAGGACUUGCCAGAGGUCCCAGCGCUGUUUUGUGGCAGAAGCAGGCUAACUUUAGUGUCUCCUGAUUCCCAAUCCACUUCAAAAAUGGAUUCAAUCUGUUCAUGGAUGUUCCUGGAGAUGAGUCUUUAGACGUUCAGGAGAAAACGAAUAGUUACUAUGAGAGGGCCUUUGAGGUUUCUUCUUCCCUAUAGAAAAAUAUCCAGGCAAAGCAGAGGACUCAAGGCCAGCUCCCGAACCGAGUUCUUCCGCUGAUGAUAGAAGUCUCAGGGCACCAUCCGUUAGCUGUUCAGCUUUCCUGGAAGUCUGGAAUGGAGCCCAGGCUGUGUAUGUUUAACAAGUGCUCUAGAUGGUCCUUGUAAUCAAGAAAGUUUGGUAAACAAAACCCUAACCUGUCCGUGAACAUGAGACCUUUAGAAAGUCAACCAAAGCUAUGAAAAGAAUUUAAAUGUUUAUUUUAUUGGGCAGCUUUUCUCACUAUAGACAGAAAGGUUUUUUUCCUUCUUCAGUGAAAAGGCUUUUUACUUAGUACAAUUGUUACCAUUUUAAAAAGUACCCUAAGUACUCUGUUUACUUCUGGUGAAACAAAACCAGUUAUUAGAAAUGGUCUGUGUCCCGCCUGCCCAGACUGGAAUGGAAUGGCCUUCCUGAAAAAUACCCCUGUGUAUAGGCACACACACACACACCCCUCAUUUCUCUUAAGCCAAGAAAUUUGCUUUUCCUAGCUGCCUUAUAGGUCGCUUUUGUUUUUGUUCAUGUUUUUUGUUUUAAUCAUUUGACAUUCACAUGUGGCUGUUAAUAUGUGCUUUUUUUUUUUAAUUAAAACAAGAAGCUUUCAA